AAUAUGAAGUGAACUGUUACGUUUAGAGAAAAUGAAGCUUUCUUUCCAACGAAAACUGCAGGGUUGCACACAGCAUCGUCCGAGUAAAUUAUUCUUUCCUUUUUUUUAAAGCUUUUUCUCUGACAGAGCUUGCACAGCUAGGGAGCAAGGAUCAAAACAAUGCAAAUUGUUUCAGCCAGACAUGGCUUGGUUUUUAUUUCUGGAGAGAUUUAUUGUACUUCUUCCUUCGAAGGGGUGGGUAACCGGUGGGUUAGCUCAGCUUAGGGGACACUCACCCACUGCAUGGAAGGAGAAAACAAUGCAGCAAAGCUAAGCUUAUUCAACUAGAUCUACAUUAAGCACAUAGACAGGAAUUUGCAAAUAUUGUAUAUGUAUAUUUUUGCUUUAAAAUUCCCCUCUCAUCAGUUCUUGUCAUUCAAAAGGUUUGUGGAGUUGGUGUGUGUCAAGAGUCACUUCUUUAGAGGGAGACUAGCAGAAAUACCAGUAGCAGAGCAGGAAAUCAGGCUGACUUUACUGUGAACAUGAAUGCGUUGCCUCAAUAUAUCGUCUAUUUGUUUUUAAUGCUUUCAAUACCUGGGAGGAAAAAGGAUUGCCAUGGUGAUUUCAUGGAAUUACAGUUAUUGAUGGGAUGUCUCGGUGUAUCCCCAAGGGAGCAGUUGUUAAAAGUUAACUUUGAAUCUCCUCCAAUAUCGCCAAAGACUCCAGCUUCCGCUGUCAAAUGCAAAACUUCCAGGGAGAACAGCCAGAGGUCCGGCAGUUCCAUUUUAACUCACUUUUUCCAAAAGAAGCCCAGAACACCUCCCGGUAAAGAAACUCAUCAGGAUGUUCAUCGGGGAGAAGUGCAGAGAACACCAAGCCGUAGAGCAAAGGGCUCUGACCUACAUUCUGGAAAAGCUCAAAUGUCAGCGGUUGUGAAGGAAGAACCGGUGGAUGUGGAGGAACCGUCUAUCAAGGUCCUGAUGUCCCUGAAACAGCAGGUCACGCCUUGUCUGACUCCUGGGUUUGAGAUGGCACAUUCGUCAUCGCCAUCAAAAGAUGUAAAGCCUGGAAUCAAAGUUGAGUGUCCUGUGUGCUCUGUUAGUGUGGCACAGCACUUUAUCAACAAACAUCUGGACACGUGUCUUUCCAGCGGGGAAAAGAAGGAAAGCCUAAGAAGCUCUCAAGGCACGGCCAUGCGUCCGAUGGCAAAGCUAGUGUACAAUCUCCUUUCAGUGCAGGAUCUGAAGAGGAGGUUGAAGGACUGCCAUCUGUCAAUGCAAGGUUCUCGGGACCAGCUGAUCAAAAGACACAAAGAGUUUGUCUACUUGUACAACUCGCAGUGCGACUCCCUAAAGCCUAGAUCAGUUGAAGAGCUUGCUAGAGAGGUGGAGGCCAAUGAGAAGAUGAGAAGUCAGAUGCACGAGAAGACUAAACCUGUCAUGGUUUUCACAAAGAAUCAGUCUGAGGAAGAGAUUGAGGAGAUGCAUUCAAAUUAUAGAAAGCAGCACAGUGGUGACUUCUUUCGGCUAAUUGCACAGGUCCGAGGCCGACUGCAGAGCACCAGACAAGCCCAUAUGAAGCAGGAUGUGAAGGUGGAGAAAGAAGAGACCCAAGCUUCACAUUCUUCUGUCCAUGUUGGAGAAACAAACCAUUCUGUAGUGAUAAAGGUUGAAGAUGAAGAAAAUGAUGAGGAUUCGUUUGCAAGAGGAAUGGAGUUGCCAUCCAGCCCCAGCUUUAGUGACGUGUCCAUCAGCAGUUCUAUUUCAGACAUUUUUGGUCCAGAAUCUUCCAUAAACAUUAAAGACACAGAGACGUCUUCAGCAAAGAAGCGACCGUCGAGCUCCAGAGGCACGGACACAGAAAUGUCACCCGAUACGGGAAAACGACAGCGUAAAACAUGAAGGGUCGGGCCAAGAUGCAGUGUUAGUGAAGGUCUCAUUCAUUUGAAAGGACUAGCACAUUUCAAAGAUUUCCUUCCUUUUCAUAUGUUAUGGUUUACUUUGUAAUUACUUUGAAAUAAAUUCUAUCGCAUUUUA